AUGGCGUUCCCAGUCACGAACAAAUGGCACACACAGCGCACUUCAAUUUCUCUUCGAGUCAUUGCGACCAUCUGCUCCCUCGCCACGCUGAUUGUCUUCGGAUGGUCCCAGACAAUGUUUGAGAGCGACAUGCUGGUCGUGGAAGACUUGGGUAAUGCAAUGGUCAGCCCGAUUACUGGAGCGGCUGAGUAUACCUUUAUCUGGUCUUUAGUAAUAUUAUCCGUUGAAUUAUCUCUUCCCAUCCCCAUCCAUCCAGGCAUCUUUAUUGCAUUUGACCUUUUGGCUUGGGCUGCGCUAGUGGUGACCCUAAUUCUAUACCUACUGCUCAUGCAGCCAUAUUACAUCAGCGACGGAUAUAGUUGUGGCGUGAAUGGCAGGCCUGAUUGUAACGGAAAAAUCGUGGCCAACGUCGAACACUUCGGUACUGCUAUGGCUUGUAUUGCUCUGUAG